AUGCCAACUUGAAGUUGAUGUUGCGGAACAACAAGGGUGACCUAGCCACUUCAUGGGAUGCGUCGCAUAGUUUGACCAUCAAUCGUCACACUGAGAUAGUAACAUCGUUUGAGCGUAGUUUUAACAGAAUUGAUCACAUUUUCAAGACCCCAUUCUACACAAAUAUUAGGGGAUUUGUGUCAAACAAAUGCUUGAAACUCAUUGAUGCUGAACAGACCAGAAUGAAGUCCUACGGCGGCAGAUGCGAUUGCUUAUUGAGAGAGACUCAUGGACUACCUUGCGGUUGUCAACUUGCAAGUUACCGGUCAACCACUCUCCUGUCAAUUAGUUCCAAUUAUUUAUAUUUGUGAUUGAAUGUGACAUGUUUGUGCACUUGUAGGUUACGGAAGAAUUCCGUAUGAGGCAAUUCAUCCAUUCUGGAAGAGCCUACGUUGGGAGCAUGUACCUGUUGCAGAUACUGGCAGCUCAAAUAUUUGCGGACUAGACCAUGGAGCAAUGCACCCAGAAGUUGAGGCAUUGACACUUUACUUCCAAUCUUUGGAUACUGGAGGGCAGAGUAUGGUAAGGAGGAAGCUUCAGGCGAUAUAUUGUCCCGAAAGCAAUUCACUAUGUACUCAUGAGGUUCGGAUAAAUCCCAACCGCACUCUUAAGUUGACGGGGAGCAAACCACCCAAGGGUCGAGCAAUAGGAUCCUUGACUCGUGAUCCAUCAGGGUUUGAGAUUGUUGACAGGGAGAUGAAAGCGGCAAAGAAGGCUUCACAACCAGCAAAGAGGAAGAAGUGUGCGAAGAAGUCUGAUACAAGCCAUUUCAUGAGUCAUUUUCCAUCAUUUCUCCAUCCAUAUAUUCACACAGUUACAGAUGUUGAGGAUGAUGGUAACUGUGGCUAUAGAUCCAUUGCUGCAUUACUGGGGCAUUCAGCCGGUGAGGACGGUUGGCCUUGGGUUAGGGCAGAGUUGAUAGGAGAACUUGAAAACAAUAGCUUCAUGUAUACUGACAUGUGGUCCAGGCAGAUUGUUGAUGCCUUACAUGAUCGACUCACUCUUCCUCAUGGUGACCCGACCACCUUUGAUAAAUGGAUGCAACUGCCAGAGAUGGGAUACCUUGUGGCCACAAGGUUCCGAUUGGUUCUCGUAACCUUAUCCGCUAUGGGUUGUAACCCAUACCUUCCACUGAGAGGAGCCGGUCCACCAGAUGUGCAUCCUGUUAUAGCUAUUGGUCAUGUGAUAGAUCACUUUAUACAGCUCCAUUUAACUCCUGGACAUCCUAUGCCGCCUAUUGCUCCCCAGUGGCGAUGGCAUGCUGAUGCUGCCUCCGGACAUUGGCGCGACCCAUAUGGUCCACGUUUAGACAUGUUCGCUGCAGAAUUCCAAGCUUGGCUUGGGCAUUUUAGUGGUCAUCAUGAUAGCUAUGUGGACAUCACCACAGAUUGAGUGUUCU